AGAACAGAAAUGUGAUGCAGUGGGUAGGUUCACCAAAGCAAUGGAUGAUGGAGUUAAAGAGCUGCUGACAGUGGGACAAGAGCACUGGAAGAGGUGUACAGGGCCACUACCCAAGGAAUACCAGAAGAUAGGAAAAGCAUUGCAGAGCCUGGCACUGGUCUUCAGCACUAGCGGAUACCAAGGAGAAUCUGAUCUCAAUGGAGCAAUAACAGAAGCAGGAAAAACCUAUGAAGAAAUCGCCAGUCUUGUAGCAGAUCAGCCGAAGAAAGAUCUUCACUUUUUGAUGGAAACAAAUCAUGAAUAUAAGGGGUUUCUUGGUUGCUUCCCUGACAUCAUAGGAGCUCAUAAGGGAGCAAUAGAAAGAGUGAAGGAAAGUGAUAAAUUAGUUGCAACCAGUAAAAUAACGCCACAAGACAAACAGAACAUGGUGAAACGUGUGAGCACCAUGGCUUAUGCACUACAAGCUGAGAUGAAUCACUUCCACAGUAACCGGAUUUAUGACUACAACAGUGUCAUUCGUCUCUAUCUGGAGCAGCAGGCACAGUUUUAUGAAACGAUUGCACAGAAGCUGAGGCAGGCACUCAGUCGCUUUCCUGUGAUGUAGAGAAUAAGGAGUAGUCAACAAUAAAGAACAACUCCGAAGUGCUUUUCUGGUUUGGGGGCAAUGCCAAUAAACGCUUGUUAGCCUUUGCCAGCCAAAAAACCCCACCAAAAAAACCCCAACAACAAUCAGUUAUAGAAAAAAAGAAUUAUUUAAAAUUUUACUUUAUCAGCCUAAAUCAUAAGAUAAGGUUCUCUUUAUCUUGAAUGCUCUCCCAUUUGUAACAUUAUUUAAAUAAAAACAGCUAGAUAAUGCUGUCAGUUUAGGGAUCUAAAUUAUCAAACUGGUAUGUUGCCAUGGUCUUCACGCAGACUCGUGUCUAUCA